GAUCGAGUUGCGCGUGAGCGGAGGGGAGCUGUGGGUAUUGCACUCUGGACUCCGUUUCCCAUGGUGCCUGGGGAGACCAGACUCACUGCAGCGCGCGCGGCCUUGUGGGAGUUGUAGACCGGACUACGCUUCCCGUGGUGCUCCGGGCAACUCACCUGCGGGCUGCGGGCUCGACGCGCGUGGCCUGCGGCCCAGUUGACUUUGCGGAGCCAUGGAAGGUGGUUUCGGCUCCGAUUUCGCGGGCUCCGGCGGCGGGAAACUGGAUCCGGGGGUCAUCAUGGAGCAGGUGAAGGUCCAGAUUGCCGUGGCCAACGCGCAGGAGCUGCUACAGAGGAUGACCGACAAGUGUUUCCGGAAGUGCAUUGGGAAACCAGGGGGCUCCCUGGACAAUUCGGAACAGAAAUGCAUCGCCAUGUGUAUGGACCGAUACAUGGACGCCUGGAACACCGUGUCCCGUGCCUAUAACUCAAGACUGCAACGGGAGCGCGCCAACAUGUAACGGAGAGGCGUGGGAGCAGCCCUGGGAUCCAUCCCAGGCCCCCCUCCCCCGUGCCCAUCUCCAUAAACGUACUUUGUGAGACGGGCGCUAGCUAGCACGUGCCUGCUGCCUGCCAUGGUGUAUGACAAUGGCACGACUGUGAGGGGACAGUUGGGACGGUCGCCUGCAACCAGUGCCACUUGACUUUUGGGAUCCUUGUCCUUUCCCAAAGCCUCGCGGCUCGGUGGACUUUCUGUGGGCUCAGCAGUCGCCAGCCCCUCCCCUGGUGCGCCCGGGUCAACCGCCUGGCCUGGGCUGAGAACCGUUAUUUGGACCUCGGGUUGGGGGCUGAGACCCCACCUUAGCUGUGGCCUCCUGAGGGUGCACCAAUAAAUUGCUGAGCUAGGGGCAGAGACACAC